CCUCUCGCCCGGCCAGACCAGGGCGGCGCUGGCUGCCUCGCGGGGUGCAGGUCCGCCUCCGCCGCGCCGAAGGCGUGGGCUCCCGGCUCCCGGAAGCGGCGGCCGCGGCGCGGAGCCGAGCCGGCGUCCAUCGCCGGAGCUGCCAUGCGCGGCGGCCGGAGGCCGUGAUCUGAGCGGGCGGCCUGGUGGGGGCCGCUGCAUGGCGGCGCACUGAGGCUCCGGCUCCGGCUCUGGCUCCUCGGGGCGUGGCGUGGCGGCGGCCGGGGUGAUGCUGCUCAAGCUCCUGCAGAGACAGACCUAUACCUGCCUGUCCCACAGGUAUGGGCUCUACGUCUGCUUCGUGGGCGUCGUUGUCACCAUCGUCUCCGCCUUCCAGUUCGGCGAGGUGGUUCUGGAAUGGAGCCGGGAUCAAUACCACGUUUUGUUUGAUUCCUACAGAGACAAUGUUGCUGGAAAGUCCUUUCAGAAUCGGCUCUGUCUGCCCAUGCCCAUCGACGUGGUAUACACCUGGGUGAAUGGCACCGACCUUGAACUACUGAAGGAACUGCAUCAAGUCAGGGAACAGAUGGAAGAGGAGCAGAAAGCUAUGAGAGAAAUCCUUGGGAAGAACACAACAGAACCAACUAAGAGGAGUGAGAAGCAGCUGGAAUGCUUGCUGACACACUGCAUUAAGGUGCCAAUGCUUGUCCUGGACCCAGCCCUUCCGGCCAACGUCACACUGAAGGACCUGCCAUCUCUUUACCCUUCUUUUCAUCUUGCCAGCGACGUAUUCAAUGUUGCAAAACCAAAAAACCCUUCGACUAAUGUUUCAGUGGUUGUUUUUGAUAGUACUAAGAAUGUUGAAGACGCCCAUGCGGAAACCUUUAAGGGAAACAGCAAACAGACAGUUUGGAGGGGCUAUUUGACCACAGAUAAAGAAGUCCCUGGGCUAGUGCUAAUGCAAGAUUUGGCUUUCCUGAGUGGGUUUCCACCGACCUUCAAGGAGACACAUCAACUAAAAGCAAAAUUGCCAGAAAAUCUUUCUUCUAAAAUAAAACUGUUGCACCUGUACUCAGAGGCCAGUGUAGCACUCCUAAAAUUGAACAACCCCAAAGAUUUCCAAGAACUGAAUAAGCAGACUAAGAAGAACAUGACCAUUGAUGGGAGAGAACUGACCCUAAGUCCUGCGUAUUUAUUAUGGGAUCUGAGUGCCAUCAGCCAGUCCAAGCAGGAUGAAGAUGUUUCUGCCAGCCGUUUUGAAGACAACGAAGAACUGAGGUACUCACUGCGAUCUAUCGAGAGGCACGCGCCGUGGGUUCGGAAUAUUUUCAUAGUCACCAAUGGGCAGAUUCCGUCCUGGCUGAACCUUGAUAAUCCGCGAGUGACAAUAGUAACACACCAGGAUGUUUUUCGAAAUCUGAGCCACUUGCCUACCUUUAGUUCACCAGCUAUUGAAAGUCACAUUCAUCGCAUCGAAGGGCUGUCCCAGAAGUUUAUUUACCUGAAUGACGAUGUCAUGUUUGGGAAGGAUGUCUGGCCAGAUGAUUUUUAUAGUCACUCCAAAGGUCAAAAGGUUUAUUUGACAUGGCCGGUACCCAACUGUGCUGAGGGCUGCCCAGGUUCCUGGAUUAAAGACGGCUAUUGUGACAAGGCUUGCAAUAACUCGGCCUGUGAUUGGGAUGGUGGGGAUUGCUCUGGUAACAGUGGAGGGAGUCGCUACGGUGCCGGAGGCGGGGGAACCGGGAACUUGGGAGCUGUCCAGCCCUGGCACUUUGGCGGAGGAAUAAACAGUGUCUCUUACUGUAAUCAAGGGUGUGCAAACUCCUGGCUCGCUGAUAAGUUCUGUGACCAGGCCUGCAACGUCUUGUCCUGCGGGUUUGAUGCUGGCGACUGUGGGCAAGAUCAUUUUCAUGAAUUAUAUAAAGUAACUCUUCUCCCAAACCAGACUCACUAUGUUAUCCCAAAAGGUGAAUGCCUGCCUUAUUUCAGCUUCGCAGAAAUAGCCAAAAGGGGAAUCGAAGGCGCCUACAGUGACAACCCCAUAAUUCGACAUGCUUCCAUAGCCAAUAAGUGGAAAACCAUCCACCUCAUAAUGCACAGUGGAAUGAAUGCAACUACAAUACAUUUUAAUCUCACACUUCAAAGUAGGGACGACAAGGAGUUCAAAAUCCAGAUCUCAGUUGAGGUUGACACAAGAGAAGAACCGAAAUUGAACUCCACCACCCAGAGGUCUUACCAGACAUUGGUUAGCCCUGUAACACUUCUUCCAGAGGUGGAAAUCCCAUUUGAGGAUAUUCCCGAAGAAAAACGCUUCCCAAAGUUCAAGAGACACAAUGUUAACACAACAGGGAGAUCCCAAGAGGAGGUGAAAAUUCCCCUGGUAAAUAUUUCGCUUCUUCCAAAAGAGGCCCAGUUGCGUCUCUCUCACUUGGAUUUGCAACUAGAACGUGGAGAUAUCACUAUGAAGGGAUACAACCUAUCAAAGUCAGCCUUGCUGACAUCGUUUCUGAUGAACUCACAGGAUGCUGGAGUAAAAAUAAACCAGGCUGACAUCACAGAGGAAAGAAAUGAGAGUGUGGCGGCCCCACUGGCCAAACGGGCUCACAGAAGCACCUGGCGGAACAGCUUAAGAGCACCUGAGAGAUUACAGAGGUCGACUUUCCCAGCAGAGACAAUAAAAGUGAAUGGCCACUACCAGCGUCAGACUCCACCCCAGCACUUGGGAACCAAAGCAAGCUUUCGAUCUGAAAGUCGGACCCAAAAAGUGGGAGGUGGAAGUGUGUCCAAAGAAAAGCUCUCAUCUCUGAUUGUUCCACAGAAAAACCAGGUGCCCAGAGAAAAGAAAAUCAUCGGGAAAGAACAAGAGGAAAACAGAAUAGAGGACAAUGCUGAAAAUCACAGAGGUGUUAAUGAAGUAUUGCCUGGAAGAAAGCUGCAACAUUAUACAGACAGUUACCCGGGCUUUUUGCCCUGGGAGAAAAAAAAGUAUUUCCAAGAUCUUCUUGAUGAAGAAGAGUCAUUGAAGAUGCAGUUGGCGUACUUUACUGACAGCAAGCAUACUGGGAGGCAACUGAAAGAUACAUUUGCAGAUUCCCUCCGAUAUGUAAACAAAAUUCUAAACAGCAAGUUCGGAUUCACAUCGAGGAAAGUCCCUGCGCACAUGCCUCACAUGAUCGACCGAAUAGUUAUGCAAGAACUGCAGGACAUGUUCCCUGAAGAAUUUGACAAGACAUCAUUUCACAAAGUGCGCCACUCUGAAGAUAUGCAGUUUGCUUUUUCUUAUUUUUACUACCUCAUGAGUGCAGUUCAGCCGCUGAAUAUAUCUCAAGUUUUUGAUGAAGUUGAUACCGACCAAUCUGGUGUCUUAUCUGACAGAGAAAUCCGAACACUGGCUACCAGAAUUCAUGACCUGCCUUUAAGUUUGCAGGAUUUAACAGGUCUGGAACACAUGUUAAUAAAUUGCUCAAAAAUGCUCCCUGCUAAUAUCACUCAACUAAGCAACAUUCCACCAACUCAGGAAGCAUACUAUGACCCCAAUCUGCCACCCGUCACUAAGAGUCUGUUAACCAGCUGUAAACCAGUAACUGAUAAAAUCCACAAAGCGUAUAAGGACAAAAACAAAUAUAGGUUUGAAAUCAUGGGAGAAGAAGAAAUUGCUUUUAAAAUGAUUCGUACCAAUGUUUCUCAUGUGGUUGGCCAAUUGGAUGAUAUAAGAAAAAACCCUAGGAAGUUUGUUUGCCUGAAUGACAACAUUGACCAUAAUCAUAAAGAUGCCCAGACAGUGAAAGCUGUGCUCAGGGACUUCUAUGAAUCUAUGUUUCCUGUACCAUCCCAGUUUGAGCUGCCAAGAGAGUAUCGGAACCGUUUUCUUCAUAUGCAUGAGCUGCAGGAAUGGAGAGCAUACCGAGACAAAUUGAAGUUUUGGACUCAUUGUGUACUAGCAACAUUGAUUAUGUUUACUAUAUUCUCGUUUUUUGCCGAACAGUUAAUUGCCCUUAAGCGGAAGAUAUUUCCCAGAAGGAGAAUACAGAAAGAAGCAAGUCCCAGUCGAAUCAGGGUAUAGAAGAUCUUCAUUCGAAAGUCAUCUACCUCGGCAUUCACUGAGCAUUUUAAAGCUUGGCAAAACAGAGAUGUCUUCAUGAUGUGAAGCUUAGCCAGCCAGGCCUGAAGAAGGAAAAACAUCCAGGACAAUACUUGUUUUGUGGUGUGAGUAUAGCCUCCUGACCAGGGAUUGUGAACAUCUGUGUGUUGAGCAGUUCCGAACUGGUUUUACUUUUAAAAGCAUUUGCUCAUGGACCUGUCAUUCAUUUAAUGUAAAGGCUCACUGACAAGAGACAGCUGCCAAGUUCCCACGGCAACCACUAUCAACUAACUUCAACAUGAGAAGCCUAGGCCAGCUUGGGAUUGCUGGGUGAUUGGGAGAGACCCUAGUUUUUGCAUUCCAAAGCCUUUGCUGUGGUUCUACAGUUUUGGUCUGUGUUUCUUUUUUCAUUUAUCAUUUUUAAAAUCAAGUUAGCUACUAAGUUAGCUAGUAAUUCUUGCUUCUGAAAAUAAUGAAUUGGGAUAUCUAAACAUGUUUUUAAUCAGUGUUAUUUAAAUAAUGCAGCAAUAUCACCUCCUAUUGGCAAUAUCUAAAUUAUUUUAUUAAUGUUUAAGACUAUUAAGUGGUCUUAAAUGACUUACAACUACUGACAAGCUCAAGGACUGACCUCUGGAAUACUUUGUCCUUGUUUCCUCUGUCCCCUAAGAAUACUGUGAUUUCAUGUGGAGGUCUAAUUGUAAAGGGCUAGACUUAAGUAGCAGAGCUACUUUUCAGAUGUAAUUAUGUUUUGGAAAUGUACAUAUUUGAACAGAAGUGACUCAUUUUAGAAAUGAGUACUGCUGAUGGUACUGGCCUUACAGUGUUGUCUUUUUUAAUAGCCAUCAGUAUAUUCCAGUUGAUUUUAUAUAAUGCAGGGAUGAGCAAACUGUUUCUGUAAAAAACCACAUAGUAAAUAUUUCAGGCCAUAUCUGUCUCUGUUGCAGUUUCUUUUUUGUUGUUUAGUUUAGUUAGUUUAAAACAUUUUUUUAAACUGUAAAAAUGUCAUAACCAUGUUUAGCUUACAGCUGUGCAAAACCAGACCACUGGCUGGAUUUGGCCCAAAGACCAUUGUUUGCUGACCAUUGGGAUAGAGAAUUGGUAUUUUAUGUAUGGGUAAGCCCUGGCAUUCAGCCAUAUUUUAUUUAUAUCAUUAUGCAGUGGAUUUCUGGAGACCAGAUUCCAUGAGUCUUUUUGAACUCUGGCAGGUAUUUUAGAUCAGGAUCUCAACAGUAUUCUUUCAAAAUGACACAUAUUUUGUAAAAAAGAAAUUGUGAUGUAAAUAUUUUGUUUGUGCUGUAAGUUAUGUAUUUCAAAAACUGAAGUCUCAUAACAAUUUAUAUUUUGUCUGAUGCUUUGAUUUUUAAAUCUUUGAGGAGUGAGUGUAUUGUAUCGAGAUUCGGUAGUCACUUGAAUGCUUGGACAGUGUACCAGGGUAUGUGAAAAUAAGUAGAAAGUAAUGUAAGGCCACAGUAGUAUUAUAACAUACUGGAGAAUGUCAUUUUGUAGGGGGGAAAUAAGUUCUAAAUGGGAUUUAUCAUAUGGUAAAAAUUUAGGGGCUAUCUGGAGAUCAUUUUAAUAUUUUUUAAUUGAUUUUAGAAAGAGAGGAAGGGAGAGGGAGAGAUAGAAAUAUUGAUGAGAGAGAAACACCAACAUUGAUUGGCUGCCUCCUGCAUGCCCCCUGUUGGGUACUGAGCCUGCAACCUGGGCAUGUGCCCUGACUGGGAAUUGAACCCGUGACUUCUUGGUGUGUAGGUCAAUACUCAACUACUGCGCCACACCAGCCGUGCUGGAGAUCAUUUUAAAAAUGAAAAAUUUAUUCUAGAAAGAUAGAGAAAUGAUCCUUUGGGUAUGGUGGAGAUGUCUGUGGUUUGGUAGAUAUAUUCACAUCUAAUUAAAAGUUUAAUAGAUAAUGGGAUUGGUCAUAGAUUAUUCAUAGAAUUAUUCAUCUAAUGAUUAUGUAGAAUCCCUAAGGACAGAGGAACUUUGAAAGUUGAUGAGUAAUCAAGUGGUUUCAAAAUUCUUAAAGCCUCAGAAUCAUUUUAGUUCAAAUGACAUUCUGUUGAAGGCCAGUAUGUAAUACAGAAGAAGGGAAGCUGCUCGUGUUGCUUGAUCCCAAGGUGGUGCCUCCAAAUUCCCAGGCCUCAGAGGCAGAGUUUCAAAAUUGCCUGGACCAGGCCCUGCAUCUUAUCAUGAGGCUUCUAGGGUCAUGAAGAUCAUGUGACUUGCCCAAGGUCUGACAGCCAGUUAGAGGCAAAGGUGGGUUGGUGCCCAGGUUGUCUGUCUCUUUUUUUCCAUCCCCUCCAGGCCAUGUUGAGUCCUCAUGACAUAAUGUCACAAGCAGGUAAAACACCCACUGUCUGCAGUCGGACUUCCAGGGUUUGAGUCCUGGACCCUGGGCAUUGUUUGCUAUGACUCAGUUUUCUCUUUUAAAACAUGGGAGGCAACACUGGUGUCUAAAGGAAAUGGCAUAUGUAAUAUACCCAGCACAGUGCCUGGUAAAUGUCAGUGAUGAUGAUGGAAGAUGUGAAAAUUUGUGUGAAGGAUUGUUAUCCAGGGCAGAGGUGAGGUUUUUAGUGUAGUCAGGAUAAAAUGAUUACAUUGCCCUUAGCUAAGUGAGACAUUUUUUUAUUAAAAUAUUUUUUAAUAAAUGUCUGACAAAUCAAGGAUCUAAAAGGAAAGUCUAAUCAAAAUUCAGAUCAAAACAUUUAAGAGUGAAACAGCAUCAACCCCACAAAAAUUCCUCUAGAGUAUAAAAAAGAGAAGGAAAACACACUUAUUCCUUGAGGUCAAUACAACCCCACACCAAAACCUGGCUCAGUUACCACAAGAAAGGAAUACCAUAGGCCAUCUACCCUAUGAAUCUCAAACGAAGCACUAGCAAGCCAAAUUCAGAUAUUCCCCAAAGGAGCAAUUCUUUAUGAUUAAGGUGAGUCCAUUCCAGGAAUGCAAGGUUGGCCCAGCACUUGGAAAGUCAGUGCAAUUCACAUGACCAGGAAAAGAGAAAUUUCAUGAUCAUCUCAACGGACCUUUCUUUAAAAAAAAAAAUUAUUAUAAAACUUUUUUAAAAUAUAUUUUUAUCGAUUUCAGAAAGGAAAGAAGAGGAAGAGAGAGAGAAACAUCAAUGAUGAGAGAGAAUCAUUGAUUGGUUGCCUCCUGCACACCCCACACUGGAGAUCGAUCCUGCAACCCAGGAUAUGUGCCCUGACCGGGAAUUGAAUUGAACCGUGACCUCCUGGUACACAGGUCGACAUUCAACCACUGAGCGACACUGGCCGGGCAAAACUUAAAAGUAAUCUAGCACAAUGACUUCCCAUCUGUUCAACACUUACUAAGAUUUUGCCACAUUUGUUUGCUCUAUCUAGUCUUUUUAUUUAUUUAUUUGUUGAUACUUUUAAAAAACAUAUACUUUAUUGAUUUUUUACAGAGAGGAAGGGAGAGGGAUAGAGAGUUAGAAACAUCGAUGAGAGAGAAACACGAUCAGCUGCCUCCUGCACACUCCCUACUGGGUAUGUGCCCACAACCAAGUACAUGCCCUUGACUGGAAUCGAACCUGGGACCCUUGAGUCCGCUCUAUCCACUGAGCCAAACCGGUUAGGGCUGUUGAUACAUUUUAAAGUGAAUAUCAGACUUCCUGGAAACGGGAGUACAGGGCCUCAAUUGCUGGGAGAUGAAAGGGCUUUUGUCCAACAAAUUUCGCCUUCCCAUGUGCAUUGCUCAUAGCUACAUCUUACUGAGCUCAUUCUAUGUGCUAAAUGCUUCAUGUUCAUAAUCUCAUUUCAUCUCAUCACAUCCCCAUUUUACCAUGGAGGCCUAGCUAGUUUAAGUGCCUUGCCCGAGGUCUAAUUAUUAAGUGGCAGCUCCAGCCUUUAACCUAAAUCAUUCCAAAAUUCACACUCAGCCACUAAGAUUCACUUGGAUUUGCAAGGGACAAAUCUAAGGUAGCCUGCUUAAGGAAAACAAA